GAAGACUGCAGGGGGGGAGGGAGACUUGUUUACUCGGACUUCGGACCAAAUGUUAGUUCAGGUUUUUGUUGGCGGGAGAUUAAAUUAACGUGUGGAUUAAUCUGUGAUUUAAUACUCCUGAAGUCUGGAUCCUCUGAGCCCACAUGGAGUGCAGCGGCAAGGUGACGCCACAGCUGAUGCUGGCUGUGGGGACGGCUGUGAUUGGCUCUCUACAGUUUGGAUACAACACUGGUGUUAUCAACGCACCUCAGAAUAUCAUUGAAAAUUUCUACAAUGAGACGUGGAGCAGCAGGUUCUCGGAGCCCAUCACUCGGAGCGCUCUGACAGCUCUGUGGUCUCUCUCRGUGGCCAUCUUCUCUGUGGGAGGAAUGAUUGGCUCCUUCUCUGUCGGCCUUUUUGUCACCCGCUUCGGAAGGAGGAACUCCAUGCUCGGGGCCAAUGUGUUGGUGCUCUUCGCUGCUGCCUUCAUGGGUUUCUCAGAACUGGCAGCUUCCUUCGAGAUGCUCAUUGUUGGACGUUUCAUUGUUGGCAUCUACUCCGGCCUCUCCACUGGCUUUGUGCCAAUGUACGUAGAGGAGAUCUCACCGACAUCUCUCCGCGGAGCUCUGGGGACUCUGCAUCAGCUGGGMGUGGUGAUCGGGAUUCUCAUGGCUCAGAUCUUUGGGAUUGAGUCGAUCCUGGGGAACAGGUCCCUGUGGCCCCUCCUGUUGGCGUUCACCCUGCUGCCAGCCCUGCUGCAGUGCGCCCUGCUGCCCUUCUGUCCCGAGAGCCCCAGGUACCUCCUCAUCGACCGCAACGAGGAGAGCAAAGCCUGCAGCGUCCUAAUAAAGCUGCGGGGGACUGACGAGGUGAGCGAGGACAUACAGGAGAUGAGGGAGGAAAGCCAGAAGAUGAUGAGGGAGAAGAAGGUGACCAUCCCUGAGCUGUUCCGCUCUCCUGCCUACCGCCAGCCCAUCCUCGUCGCCAUCAUGCUGCAGCUGUCCCAGCAGCUGUCUGGGAUCAACGCUGUGUUUUACUACUCGACUGGGAUCUUUGAGCGAGCCGGGGUGUCCCAGCCUGUUUACGCCACCGUCGGUGCCGGAGUGGUCAACACCAUCUUCACUGUGGUCUCUCUGUUUAUCGUGGAGCAUGUGGGCAGGAGACCCCUUCACCUCGUUGGUUUGAUGGGGAUGGCGGUUUCAGCUGUGUUUCUGACCGUUGCCAUGGCAUUGUUGGACCAGCUCAGUUGGAUGUCCUACAUCAGCAUUGCGGCCAUCUUCAGCUUUGUGGCCUUUUUUGAAAUUGGCCCCGGCCCCAUCCCAUGGUUUAUCGUUGCCGAGCUCUUCAGCCAGGGCCCCCGGCCCGCUGCCAUCGCGGUUGCUGGUUUCUGCAACUGGUCGGCCAACUUCUUAGUGGGAAUGUGCUUCCAGUAUGUUGAGCAACUCUGUGGGCCCUUCGUCUUCGUCAUCUUCACCGUCCUUCUGCUCGGCUUCUUCGUCUUCACCUACUUUAAGGUGCCGGAGACGAAGGGCCGCACCUUCGAGGAGAUCUCAGCAGGAUUCCGUCACUCGUCGGGUCAGGGUGCCGACAAGUACUCGGCUCCUGAAGAGUUCAACACCCUGCGGGGUCACGACCCCGACCUGUGAGACACAAACAAACUCUGCGCUUCUCACAGCUGUUCUUUACCUCAAAGUAACUGUGGAAGUUUUUUAACUUUUUACAACAUAAAGCAUCAAUUCAUAUUUUUAACCACAGAUUCAUCAAAACAGAGACAAGCAACAUGCUCUUAAAAUAUAUUUAUGCUUUUUUAAUUUAGUGUUCAAAUUAAUUGUGAGGUCAGUUCUAUUCUGGGAGGCGUGGUUACGUGGAAAAAUGAUGAUAAAUGAAUAUCUUACCUGUUUGAUAGCUAACUGAAUCCCAAAAAUUUGGGUCACACUGACGAGCUAAUGGCUAGUCUGAACAUGUUUAAGACCAGUUUUAAUUUAAACUUUGAUGUUUUCGUCAGUUUCUCAUUUCGUAGUGAUUUAAAUAAGCAGUCCAUAAAGUAUUUCUUUAAAAAAACAUUUAACCAAUAGUUUUUGUUUUAGCAACACGAGUAUUUGAUUAAAUGUUAAGUUUUUAAUGAAUUAUUUUUUUUGUUUUUAUUGUCAUGAACUGAAAGUUUUUUGUUUGUUUGUUUUAGGCUUCAUAGGAAGUAAAAAAACAUCUGAUAUUUCAGAACCUGUGUUUGCUGUGAUUAACCUUAACAUUUCAUUAACUCUUAUCUACAUUUACAUUUUUUAUUAGUGUAUUUUAUAUUUUACUAACUAUAAUGAAUCAGAUAAAUGUUUGAUUUGUAAAUGAAUCUUGCAUGUGUGAAGAAAAAUCAUAACUUCUCAAUUUUUGGCUGUUAAAAAAGGAUUUUUGUGUUUUAGAAAUUUUGUGCCAAUGUGUGCCGAGUUACAUGUUAUCAAACUAUAU